AUGCCUCAUGCUCCAAAGCGACGGCGCUACAUGCUUGAGGAAGGCCAUGAAGCCCAAGGCGAGGCACAGGGCCUCGUGUGUGCACAGGCUCCUGUGGCUGAUGAAGACGAUACUUCCUCCUCCUCCUCCACCUCCUCCUCCUCUUUUCCCUCCUCUUUCCUCUCCUCCUCCUCUUCCUCUUGCUAUCCUCUCAUCUCGAGCACCCCAGAGGAGGUUUAUGCUCUUCCUGGGACCUCGAGUUCUUCACAGAGCCCUCAAAGUUCCUGUCCCUCCCCCAUGGCCGUUGCUUCUGCUCCAUUGAGCCAAGCUGAUGAUGGCUCCUGCAGCCAAAAAGAGGAGGGUCCGAGCACCUCACAGCCUCUGCCAGACACUGAGUCCUUUCCCAAAAAUGUGAUUGAUGACAAGGUGUCUGAGUUGGUGGAGUUUUUGCUCCACAAGUAUCGCACAAAGGAGCUGACCACAAAGGCAGAAAUGCUGAACAUCAUCAUCAAAGACGUCCAGGGCCACUUCCCUGUGAUCUUUAGUGAAGCCUCCGAGUGCAUGCAGUUGGUCUUUGGCAUUGAUGUGAAGGAGGUGGACCCCAGCAACCACUCCUAUGUCCUGGUCACCACCCUAGGUCUCACCUAUGAUGGAAUGCUGAGUGAUGAGCAGAGCAUGCCCAAGACUGGCAUUCUGAUACUUAUCCUGAGCAUAAUCUUCAUGGAGGGAGGCUGUGCUCCUGAGAAAGUGGUGUGGGAAGCACUGAAUGUGAUGGGAGUGUAUGCUGGGAGGGAGCACUUUAUCUAUGGGGAACCCAGAGAGCUCAUUACCAAAGUGUUGGUGCAGGAGGGCUACCUGGAGUACCAGCAGGUGCCCAACAGUGAGCCCGACUGCUAUGAGUUCCAGUGGGGUCCCAGGGCCCACGUGGAGACCAGCAAGAUGAGUCUUCUGGAGUUUUUGGCCAGUGUCAAUGGAAGUGACCCCAGAUCCUUCCCAUUGUGGUAUGAAGAGGCUUUGAGAGAUCAGGAAGGGAGAGCCCAAGCUAGAAUGACCACUACAGAUAAUACUACUGCCAUGGCCAGUACAAGUUCUAGUGCCAUGUCCAGCAGCUGCUUUUGCCCUGAGUGA